CAGCAAAGCGAAAUGUCAGCAAGCAUAGAAAAUCGUGCUCGCGGUGUGUUAAUAGAAACCGGGCGUUAUUUAAUCACUGUUUAGUUGUAAAACUUGAAACCCACCCCAAAAUGCGGCUAACUAACACGCUUCUACGGCAGCACAUAGGCUUCUUCUUCAAGAAGCACUGGCUGCAGCAGGGCAAACGUGUGCCGAACAGUACCGGUGCCGAGGAGGAGCUAGCUGCGCGCGGUAUCACCGUCGUCGACCCGUCCGAGGUACUGAAGGAGCAGCGACCGCGGGAGGACUUCAAUAUCCCCGGCAUGGUACCGCCGCCGGUAGCGCUGGACGAAACGCAUCCCCUGUGGAAGGCCGAACCGGCGUACGUGUACGGAGACACCAAUGUGCUGCUGGAAGGCGUGCGUCAGGCACAGAGCCUCCUGAACACGGCCGUGUACGACGAUCUGCCGCUGAAGGUGGAGGAAAAGCUGGAGCAAACGAAAAUAACAACCCAGCUCGAUCGAUCGAUGCAGCAAGCCGUCCUAUCGGCACUGGUGUUCGACACGGAGCAGGUCAAAAACGCAAUCGUAAAGGUGCCGGACCGUCCGGCGUACAAGCUGCCCCGUACGUACGGUAUAUCGGAGGGCAGACGGAAUCUGCUGAUACUGUCCAAGCUCGUUACACACUGCGAACGUUUUGCGGGACGACACGUGAACGCGAACCGGAAGGUUGUGUUUAAUGCACGAUUUUUAGUCCCGCUGGUAAAGGACAGCGAACGGGUGCUGCUGAACCUGAAGGCGGAAUCGAUGAUCAUAUCGCAGGAUCCGCUGAAACCGCUCGAUACGUCCGUCUAUCGGCCGCUGGAUGUUGAGCUUCCCAAUCUGUUCCCGCUGAAGGAGACGGUCUCCAUACCGGUGCAAAACAUUUACGACUGGAAGAACGAAUAUCCUAUCAGUCGUAACUAUAAGCUGUCCCAUCCGCACACCAUUCUCAUCCACUGUUCGCCAAGCGACGUGAAAAACGCCACCGAGCUACCCGUAUCGCGCGAUCAAAUCGAAGGGCGAACGAUGCUGAAAGCGUUCACUGUCGCUGCGGCCCGAGCCCGUCAGCUGUACGGGGACGAUGUGAAAACGCUACCCAGCCCGAUCACGGUGCAGGCGGUGCAAACCGACAGCAAAACGUUCCACUUUAGCGUCUAUCAGCUGAACACGCUCGAUCUUGGCUCCAGCACGGAGCGUAACAUGUGGUUCCGGAAGGCACCGCUCGACCUGUAUUCGGAGUGUGGCUACAUCGUCGGCAAACCGACACUGGCCGACUAUAACAAGGAUGUGCUGCGGCAUUUUGCCGUAUUCUAUUCAAACUAGUUAUGCAGAUGGUUUGGGCGAAUAAAACGAUAGCGUUACAGUGAA